CGGAGCGCUGAGCAGCAGGAAAUGUUAACUGGAGCCUGCGAAUAAUUCUUUUUUCCCCCCUCUCUCUCACUUAAUUAACACGUUUGAAGUAUCCAUGCUGCCCGCAUGGAAAGCGGCUUCGGAGUCCAGCGAAUCCGGACGCAAGGAGAGGCUCACCUAAAGACCACUAGACACAGAUUGCACCAAAGAGGUUCAAGUUUCAUCUGCGUGGAGUAAAAUUACUCCCCUAACUAAAGUGGGCUAAUGAUGUCUCUAAUGGUUCACCUGAAGUCGGUGGGUCACCUCAGGGGGAAAGGUGACCGGAUCGCCAAAGUUACGUUCAGAGGCCUGUCCUUCUACAGCCGUGUGGCAGAGAACUGCGAGGAGGUGGCCCCCUUUAAUGAGACAUUUCGAUGGCCCAUUGCCAGCAGGCUGGAUGGAAAUGAGAUGCUGGAGGUCCAAGUGUACAAUUACAGCAAAGUCUUCUCCAACAGACUGGUUGGGACUUUCUGUAUGGUGCUCCAGAAAGUGGCUGAAGAGGGACACCUAGAGCUGACUGAUACGCUCAUCGAUGACAACAACACGUCCAUAAAGACAAACGUGACCCUGGAGAUCAGAUACCAGCCGAUGGAUGGAACGGUGGGAGUGUGGAGCGAUGGGGAGUUCCUGGACGUCCCCGACGAUCGUGAUGGGAUGUUUUCUUUUGAGACGGACAGCUUGCUGUCGGGACAAAGUCACGGGUCGGGCACGUCCCCUGGACGGUCUUUACAGGGAUCGAUACCAACCUUCAGAAAAGCAGGGAGGGGAGUUUUCUCAGCCAUGAAGCUUGGCAAGAUCAAGAGCUCUAGAGAUGACCACAAGAGAGGAGAUGAGCCAGCCAUCCUGGACAUGGAGGACCUGGACAGGAAGGCGAUGCGUCUCGCUGGAGCACUGGAUCCGGACACCAUCUCCUUGGCCUCCGUCACCGCCGUCACCACCAACGUCUCCAAUAAGAGGUCGAAGCCAGACAUCAAGAUGGAGCCAAGCUCUGGACGACCAGUGGAUUAUCAGAUCAGCAUCACGGUCAUCGAGGCCCGGCAGCUAAUAGGCCUCAACAUGGACCCUGUGGUGUGUGUGGAGAUUGGAGAUGACAAGAAGUACACAUCUAUGAAGGAGUCCACCAACUGUCCGUACUAUAAUGAGUAUUUUGUCUUUGAUUUCCACGUCCCUCCGGACGUCAUGUUCGACAAGAUCAUUAAGCUCUCGGUUAUUCAUUCUAAAAACCUUCUACGGAGUGGGACGCUGGUGGGAACCUUCAAGAUGGAUGUUGGGACCGUUUACUCUCAGCCUGAGCACCAGUUCUACCACAAGUGGGCCAUCCUUUCCGACCCUGAUGACAUCACAGCGGGAUGCAAGGGAUACAUUAAGUGUGACAUCGCUGUGGUCGGGAAGGGCGACAACAUCAAGACGCCGCAUAAAGCCAACGAGACCGAUGAAGACGACAUAGAAGGAAACCUUCUGCUCCCCGAGGGAAUCCCAGCCGAGAGGCAGUGGGCGAGGUUCUACGUGAAGAUCUAUCGCGCUGAGGGACUUCCCAAAAUGAACACGAGCAUCAUGGCUAAUGUGAAAAAGGCAUUCAUAGGGGAGAACAGAGACCUGGUUGACCCCUAUGUUCAAGUGCAAUUUGCUGGACAGAAGGGAAAGACCUCAGUCCAGAAGAGCAGCUAUGAACCGAUCUGGAAUGAGCAGAUCGUCUUCACCGAGCUGUUCCCUCCUCUCUGCAAAAGGAUGAAGGUCCAAAUAAGAGACUCGGAUAAGGUCAAUGACGUUGCCAUAGGAACCCACUUCAUUGACUUGCGCAAGAUAUCAAACGAAGGAGAUAAAGGGUUCCUGCCCACGCUGGGUCCAGCCUGGGUCAACAUGUACGGUUCCACCCGUCAAUACACUCUGAUGGACGAGCACCAGGACCUGAACGAAGGACUUGGAGAAGGCGUGUCCUUCAGAGCUCGUCUGCUGGUCUCCAUAGCCGUGGAGAUCCUGGACACCACGUCCCCCGAGAUCAUCUGCUCCAGUGACGUUCAGAUGGACUCUGUGUCCAACAUCUCAGAGAGUGCCACUGGGAAAAUAGAAGAGUUCUUCCUCUUUGGUUCCUUCCUGGAAGCCACCAUGAUUGACAGGAAGAUUGGUGACAAAAUGAUAAGCUUUGAAAUCACAAUAGGUAACUACGGCAACCAGAUAGAUGGCGUGAGCAAACCUUCGUCAACAAGGAGGAAGAAGAAGGAUGCGGAGAACGAGGAAGAGGAGAGCGAGCUAAUCCAGAACUCCAGUGAGGAUGAGGCGGACGAGGACAAGGACCUCGUCUCUGUGUCCUCGACUCCUCUCAUGAAGCCAGUCAUCACUGACAGGAACUACUUCCAUCUCCCCUACUUUGAAAAGAAGCCGUGUGUCUACAUCAAGAGCUGGUGGCAGGACCAGAGGAGAAGACUUUACAAUUCUAACAUGAUGGAUAAGAUCGCAGACAAGCUGGAGGAAGGUGUGAAUGAUGUUCAGGAGAUUAUUAAGACGGAGAAGGCCUUUCCGGAGCGCAGGCUCAGGGGAGUGCUGGAGGAGCUCAGCAUCGGCUGCAGUCGGUUUGUGACACUCGCUAACAAGGAUGUGAACCACGCAGGCCGAACCAAACUGGACCGAGAGCGGCUCAAGUCCUGCAUGAGAGAGAUGGACAGCAUGGCCCAACAGGCCAAACAGAUUCGCACUCAGGUGAAGAAGAACACAGUCAGAGACAAACUCAAGCUGGUGCAGAACUUCCUGCUGAAGCUGCGUUUCCUCGCCGACGAGCCUCAGCACAGCAUCCCAGAUGUUUUCAUCUGGAUGAUGAGCAACAGCAAGCGCAUUGCUUAUGCCCGGAUUCCUUCCAAAGACAUCUUGUACUCGAUAGUGGACGAGGAAACUGGCAAAGAUUGUGGAAAAGUCAAAGCUGUCUUCCUCAAGCUGCCCGGUAAGAAGGGGUUUGGACCAGCAGGCUGGACGGUGCAGGCUAAGCUGGAGUUGUACCUGUGGCUGGGCCUCAACAAGCAACGGAAAGACUUCCUGAAUGGUCUUCCUAAUGGUUUUGAAGAGAUCAGAUCUGCUAAAACCAGCUGCGGUCUUCCCUCUAUCCCACCUGUCAGCCUUGUCUACAACAUGAAGCAGGUGUUCCAGCUGAGAGCGCACAUGUAUCAGGCUCGCAGUCUGUUCGCCGCUGACAGCAGUGGCCUUUCAGACCCCUUCGCCCGGGUCUUCUUCUCUACACACAGCCAGGUUACCGAGGUUCUCAGUGAGACUCUUUGCCCGACGUGGGACCAGCUACUGGUUUUUGAUGAUGUGGAGCUGUUCGGUGAGGCCAGUGAGCUCAGAGACGACCCUCCGAUCAUUGUGGUCGAAAUCUUCGACCAGGACACUGUGGGUAAGGCAGAGUUCAUAGGUCGGACGUUCGCGAAGCCCACCAUCAAGAUGUGCGACGAGCAUUACGGACCCCCGAGGUUCCCGCCCCAGCUGGAGUACUACCAGAUCUACAGAGGGAACUGCACUGCGGGGGAGCUGCUGGCCGCCUUCGAGCUGCUCCAGAUACCCUUCGAUUCAGAGGAGAUCAGGCGAGCUCUGAUUGCCGUCCAUAACUUUGCUGUUCCUCAAAUCAAGAUUGGUCAGGGAGGUCGGGCUGACCUUCCAGUCCUGGAAGGGCCAACAGACUCGGAGCGAGGACCUAUUCUUCCUGUGCCGCUGGGCAUCCGACCUGUCCUGAGUCGCUACCGCAUAGAGGUUUUGUUUUGGGGAUUAAGAGACCUGAAGAGGAUCAACUUAGCUCAGGUGGAUCGACCUCGUGUGGACAUAGAGUGUGCAGGUAGAGGUGUUCAGUCCGCCCUCAUCCAGAACUACAAGAAGAAUCCCAACUUCAGCACCUUGGUGAAAUGGUUCGAGGUGGACCUUCCAGAGAAUGAGCUUCUCCAUCCUCCUCUCAACAUCCGGGUGGUGGACUGCAGAGCGUUCGGACGUUACAUCCUGGUGGGGUCCCACGCUGUGAGCUGCCUGAGGCGUUUCAUCUACAGCGCUCCGGACAAGACCUCCAAUCACUGGGCCACAGCAGCCAAGCUAAUGAAUGGCUACCUGGUCCUAACCAAUGGCGGCUCCCGACCCUGCUCCUCACCCAGCAUCUCUUCCCGCACCUUCUCUCGCCCCGCAGGUGACAUCAGCGUCAGCAUGGAUGGGGACGGUUCGGUCCGAAAGAUGGACACAGUCGUCAAGUUAGACGCCAUGUCUGACGCUGUUGUAAAAGUUGACAUGACCGAGGAAGAGGGUGAUAAAGAGAAAAGUAAGAAGAAGAAAAAGAAGAAGAAGGGAGGAGUGGAGGAGGAGGAGGAGACGGAUGAGAGCGUGCUGGACUGGUGGUCGAAAUAUUUUGCUUCAAUAGAGACGCUGAAGGAGACUCUCCGAGCACAGGAGGCUGCUCAGGCAGAGGCAGAGGAGAGAGAAGACCUGGAGAUUGCAGCUGAAACUGCAGAUGUCAAACCCGAUGACCUUAUUCUGAAAGGCCCCAAGACGAAGGAGAAGAGCAAAGAGAAGAAGAGCUCCAAGGACAAGAAGAAGGGUCACGCCGCAGACGCCUCAGAGAAUCGACCAGUCAAAGCAAAAGUGGAUGAGCUGAUGGUGUACAACAAGGAGCUGGAGAGUGAGUAUGGCAACUUCGAGGACUGGCUUCACACUUUCAACUUGUACAGAGGAAAGGCAGGGGACGACGACGAGCACGCUCUGGAUGACGACAGGAUUGUCGGCAGAUUCAAGGGAUCCCUGUGCAUGUACAAGCUACCUCUGUCUGAGGAGAUCACGAGAGAGGCAGGAUUUGAUCCCAACAUGGGCAUGUUCCAGAGCAUUCCUCACAACGAUCCCAUCAACGUCCUCGUCCGUGUCUACGUGGUCAGGGCUACAGACCUCCACCCUGCUGAUAUCAACGGGAAGGCUGAUCCAUACGUCGUCAUCAAGCUGGGGAAGUCAGAGGUCAAGGACAAAGAGAACUACAUCUCCAAACAGCUCAAUCCUGUAUUUGGCAAAUCAUUUGACAUCGAGGCCACGUUCCCCAUGGAGUCCAUGCUCACGGUGUCUGUGUACGACUGGGAUCUGGUCGGCACUGACGACCUGAUUGGGGAGACAAAGAUUGACUUGGAGAAUCGCUUCUACAGCAAAUUCAGAGCCACGUGCGGCAUUUCAUCCAACUACUCCGUGCAUGGGUACAAUGUUUGGCGGGAUCCUAUGAAGCCCAGCCAGAUCCUGGCUAAGCUCUGUAAAGACGGCAAGAUUGAUGGACCUCAUUAUGGCCCGGGAGGCAAAGUCAAGGUGGCAAAUCGAAUCUUUACGGGACAGACAGAGAUCGAGGACGAAAACGGAUUGAAGAAGCAGACCGAGGAGCAUUUAGCCCUGGCAGUGUUGAAUCACUGGGAGGAGAUCCCGAGAGUUGGCUGCAAGUUGGUCCCCGAACACGUUGAGACCAGACCACUGCUGAACCCUGACAAACCCGGCAUCGAACAGGGCCGUAUUGAGAUGUGGGUGGACAUGUUUCCUAUGGACAUGCCUGCGCCUGGACCUGCGAUUGAAAUAUCGCCACGGAAACCAAAGAGAUAUGAGCUCAGGGUGAUUAUUUGGAAUACAGACGAAGUAAUACUGGAGGACGAUGAUUACUUCACUGGGGAAAAGUCCAGUGACAUAUUUGUCAGGGGCUUUGAGCUUCGUGUUGUUAUUUGGAACACUGAUGACGUAAUUCUAGAGGACGAUGCUUUCAUGACAGGAGAGAAGAUGUCUGACAUCUAUGUCAGGGGGUGGCUGAAGGGGCAGCAGGAGGACAAACAGGACACGGACGUGCACUACCACUCGCUGACUGGCGAGGGCAACUUUAACUGGCGCUUUGUCUUCCCCUUUGAUUACCUCAUGGCCGAGGAGAAGAUCGUCAUCUCCAAGAAGGAGUCCAUGUUCUCCUGGGACGAGACCGAAUACAAGAUCCCCCCUCGGCUCACGCUGCAGGUCUGGGACGCAGACCACUUCUCCGCUGAUGACUUCCUGGGCGCAAUCGAGCUGGACCUGAACCGGUUCCCACGCGGCGCCAAGACAGCCAAGCAGUGCUCCCUCGACAUGAUCCGAAACGAGCACGAGCUGCCCACAAUUUCCAUCUUCAAACAGAAGCGCGUGAAAGGGUGGUGGCCGUUUGUAGCCCGGGACGAGAACGACGAGAUGGAGCUCACGGGUAAAGUUGAGGCUGAGCUCCACCUGGUGACGGCAGAAGAAGCAGAGAAGAGUCCUGUGGGACUGGGCCGAAAUGAGCCUGAUCCACUGGAGAAACCAAAUCGUCCCACCGCCAGCAUGUCGUGGCUGCUGAACCCGAUGAGGACGGUGUGCAUCAUGGCCUGGAGGCACUACAAGCUCCACUGCUUGGUGCUGUUGGCGGCUGCCUUGUGUCUGCUCUUCCUGGCUCUACUCUUCUUCUCUUUACCCUCAGAGCUCAGCCACAAGAUCUUCAACCCUGCAGGCUAGAAACACCACCCGGAUACGUCCCUUCUGUCGUACUACACAGUAUAUCUCAUCACUCACUGCUGUUGUUGUAUUCACUGUGUACAACACAGUAGGUCUUUAAUCAACCGCUUUGUACAACUACUUGUGCUUUUGUAAAUAAAACACUAUAAAUACCA